AUGUCAGAGAAAGAAUCUGAAAAAAUGGCUAACGAUCGAAUUGUAGUUAGGGCCAUUGAGGCAGGAGACGAAGAAGCCUGGAACAAGCUGUGGGUGCAGUACCAGGGUUUCCAGAAAAUUGUCAUGCCUCCAGAGGUAGGCAAGACCAGUUUUGCGAGGUUCUUAGACCCCACAGUCAAGCUAUGGGGGGCACUUGCCAUUGACACCGAGACCGGCGAUGCAAUUGGUCUUGCACACUAUUUGAGCCAUUUGACAUCGUGGCAUGUCGAGGAAGUUCUAUAUUUGAACGACUUAUAUGUCACCGAGCACGCCAGAAUCAAAGGUGUGGGUAGAAAGCUUAUAGAGUUUGUGUACAAACACGCAGAUGAGCUCGGUACACCUGCAGUGUAUUGGGUUACGGACCACUACAACCAUCGUGCCCAAUUACUGUACACCAAAGUGGGUUACAAGACAGACAAAGUUGUUUACAAAAGAACUGGAUACUGA